AUGUUGCGUGUUUCCAUGAGAUCGAAACUACUCACAAGGUUGCUGAAAAUCUGUCAACAGCCCACGACCGGUUUUGCCCCGCUUGGGGCUCAUCAGGUAGGCACAGUCCCCGAGUUUUUAGUCAACACAAUGUUCUACUUGAACCCAAACAUGAAACUGAGGCGGCCUUUAUGGCGUGAUUUCGUUAACAUGGUAGAAUUCUACUUGGUCUCUUACAUAAAAAUCCUUAAUAGGGGUCACAAUUUGGUUGAUGGUCUGUUCGCAGAGCUUGGCAGUUGGAUUGCAAACGUUUCAUCACCAAUCGAAGUGGCAUCGUCACCACUCAACCGUGCACAGACGAUGUCACCUCGAUUGGUGAUGAAACGUUUGCAAUCCAACUCCCAAGCUCGGCGAACAGACCAACAACCAAACAGCGCACCCGAGCUACCUACAUUCCACAAUAUUGCUAAGAGGUCGCAAUCACAGUUUCAGAAAGAUCUAAAGCAUAUACGGUGUUUUGCUAAUCGUACCACAUACGGACUACCACGCAGUGUGAAGCAAAGUCAAACCAAUCACAACAACGGAAGCAAAAUAUUGUUUGAUUCACAUCCAAUCGAAUUCAUCCCAAGGACGCAAGACACUGCUCUUAAUAUUGACAGCCCAUCUUUGAGAGCCCAUCACUUGUUUGAUUCACAUCCAAUCGAAUUCAUCCUAGGGACGCAAGACACUGCUCUUAACAUUGACGAAGAAUCUUCGACAGCCCAUCACUGGUUUUGUCCUUCUUAG